UGUACACUUCAGAUUCCUUCGGGACAAUGGAUUAUACGUACAGAUCUAAACAACACGGAGGACACUCCAAUCUCAGCAGACUUUUAUUGCUGCUCUUUCUGGCAGGCCUUCAGCCAGUGCUGUCUACAGAUGGAGAGAAACCUGAACUAGAUGAUGAAGAUAAUGGAGAGAACAUCAACUGUACAAUUGUGGGCCUGGACUAUGUGACUGUGGGGGUGCCGAGCACUGUAGAGUGUUAUGCAGACUGCACUGAAUGUACCUAUUCUAUGUCUCUGGAUGGACACAGUGCUCAGGGUCAGGGCAACGUGCUAGCUUUCACUCUCAACAGUUGGGUGGAGGCCUUAACAGCCGCAUGUACAGUAACGAGUGACCAAAAAGGCCAGACUGCCACUGCUACAAAGAAACUGCAAGUGUUGGCUGGACCUGCCAAUGUUUCCAUCACAGGCCCCGACUUGAUGAAUCCGUCAGUGAGCCACACCUACAGCUGCCAUGCAUACUGUCGGCCAUCUUGUACCUAUGCCUGGAAGACAGAUGAAGGCCCGUGGAUAGGUGGUCAAGGGAAUGUUAUUUCUAUCACUCCUCAGGAAAUGGACGACUCUAAAAUUCUCAUCUGCAAAGCCUCCAAUAGUGUGUCUGGGAUGUUUGUUGCUGCUACUCGAAACGUAGCUGUGAUGUUGGGUCCAUCAGAGAUUCAGAUCAAAGGCCCUGACGUGAUAGAACUUGCAGAAAAGUAUAAGUUUGUGUGUACUGCGAAGUGUCUGCCUUCUUGUCGCUACGUGUCGUCUGUGGGCAGUCAAACAGUGAGGGGCAAUACGAUCGAGAUGACAAUGGAUCAGCCAAGUAAAUCUGUCACUCUGAAGUGUGAGGCACAAAACACUGCUUCAAGGAGGACAGCUACGGCAUUAAAAACUGUUCAAAUAAAAGAUCACAACCUGUCAACUCGUCCUACAGAGACUUCAGCUGUGCUACUGUUGGCCUUCAUCAUUUCUGCUGCCUUCACACUGUGAUCCAACUCAAUACAGAAAGGUAGUUGACUUGUGAGAAUUAAUGACUCCUGUACGCUGCAUACUGUUCUUUUCCAUUGUUGACAGUGGGCUGAACCCUGUUUGCACUUUCUAGUAAGACGCGUGGUGACAUACUGAGAUAUCAAAGUGUGAACAUGUAAUGUCAGAAAUGAGUUCUGAAUAUGUUUGUAAGAAUCUUCCAAAUUGAUGCAUUUGAAAUGUUAAUGUCAAUACACAAAUAAAAUGCA